AUGCUUCAGAACACUCGUCACGAUGGAGACGCCGCGUUCGGCAAAUUAGUUCGUUUUUUGAGCGGUUACAAGGUUCUCUUGUUCCCAGAAGAGGAGGAUGCUUCGGCUUGGGAGAGAUAUUCACGGAUGCCUGCGGCCACUGAAGAAGCCUUCUCAGACAAUGAUGAUGAAGAUCAAUAUGGCCUUUACACUGUUAUGUCGCAAGCUUCCCUCCGCAAGCGAAACAGGCCUCCUCUUCGAAGUGUUUUGGCAGGUCCCUGGCGUGGCAUAAAGGAGGGAUCGCCGGAGGUAAUUGGUUGGAGAGGCUCUGACGACAGCGAGGUAGGACACACGAAAGAAUUGCUCCACACUUCCUGCAGUGGGACGGAGCCCGGUAUAUAUGUCGCAACACUAAUUGUGUUUGUUUUCUUUCAAUUUGCAGUGAUCUAUGCGAAGAAUCUGGGCAUGCUCCUAGCAUUCAGGUUCUUAACUGGUUUCUUAGGCUCGCCUGUUCUUGCGACAGGGGGAGCCUCUAUUGGAGAUAUGUGGAGCCCCAAAAUCCGCGACUAUAUGAUUGCAAUCUGGGCUUCUUUCGCCAUUGCCGCUCCUGUCUUAGGACCUCUGGUGGGAGGCUUCGCCGCCUCUGCCAAGGGUUGGACAUGGACUAUCUGGGAGCUCCUUUGGGUCUCUGGCUUUGCUCUUGUUCUUGUCUUCUUCUUUCUGCCCGAGACGUUUGCACCUAACAUUCUCAGUCGCCGGGCCCGGCGGAUUCGCCGGAUCACCGGAAAUCAAAGGUAUGCAUCCAAGGCUGAGAUUGAGAUUGCUCAGGUGGCACCCAGGGAUGUUGUCUUCGAAGCAAUCGUCCGUCCCUUUGCGCUUUGCUUCCUGGAGCCUAUUGUCCUUCUCAUGAAUCUAUACAUCGCCCUUAUUUACGGGAUUUUGUACAUUUGGUUUGAAGCCUUUCCCAUCGUUUUUGGAGAGAAACAUGGGUUUAACCCGGGUGAGACGGGCCUGGCAUUCUUGGGGAUCAUGAUAGGGGCUGUAUUCAUUGCACUUCCAGCGUACGUGUAUUGGAAAUAUCGCUGGCAAUCCCACCAGAUCGACCAGAACGGCUAUAUCUCCCCGGAAGAACACCUCCCCCCCGCGUGUCUGGGGGCCGUGUGUCUACCGAUAUCUCUUUUCUGGUUUGGGUGGACCGGCAACUUCGCAAGCGUUCAUUGGAUUGUGCCGGUUAUUGCUUCGAUGCUAUUUUCCUUUGGGGGAUACCUCAUCUUCAACAGCAUUUUCUGCUACGAGGCCAAUGCGUAUCCCAAGUAUGCCACCUCGGUCCUCGCCGGAAAUGAUUUCUUACGGUCGUCUUUCGGGGGAGCGUUCCCCCUCUUUGCCACCCAAAUGUUCCAUAACCUCGGUGUCGGUUGGGCGUGUACUUUGCUUGGUUGCUUGACCGUGGUUUUCACGCCAUGUCCGUUCCUGUUAUACGCAUUCGGGCAACGCAUUCGGAUGAGGAGCAAAUAUGCCCAGCACGGCAAGUAA